AGGUGGCAUCUCAGUGGGCCUGUUCAGACGACACACUAAGCCAUGGUUAGGCUUUUGCAGGAAAUGGGUGAAGUAUUCAGUUUUUACUUUCAGCUCCAUGGAACUCAUUUCCUCUGUAUCUCAGAACCAAAGAGGUGUUUUGGGGAAGAUGGUGCCCUUCAGCUUUCCGCCGUCGAAAUUUGCACUUUGGAAUCCAGCUCCUGCUGGAGAAAGCACUGUCUCCCACCUAUGUUAUAGGAACCCGAAGUUAAUCCUGGUUGAGAAGACAUUGCGACUUGCCCAUCGUCACGCUAAGCAAAGUCAAAGAAAACUCUUCGCCUGUUUUCUAGUUGGAACUCUUGCCAUUGAUGAAGCUGGUGAAGGUGUGUUGCUAACAAUAGACCGUUUUGAUCCUGGUCGUGAAGUAACUGGUGGCUUGGGGAAAAUACCCACAGCACCUCUUCCUGGAGAUUUUUUGAUUCCAUGUACAAUUAGUGCCUCAGGUUUUUCAGCAGGUGAUGUCAUAGUGCACAAUUCUGAAGAUUUCAACUUGGCCUUUCAGAUACUUCAACAGAAUCUGAACAACCAAGAUUCUUUGGAGCCUUCAAAUUUGCUGACCUUAAGAGUUCACAUCUCUUCAACAGAGAAUAUAGACAACCUAAACUUUGACUUUCACUGGGCUGCUGUUACAGUAGCCAACGCUUUAAAAUAUACUCCUGUGAAGUCUGUUCCAAUCAUUCCUACAGCCCUUGCUAGAAAUCUAAGCAGCCACAUAAGUAUUUCCCAAGUGCAGAGGACCUGCAAAUGUGGAUAUCUUACAAUGGAUCAGACCAGGAAAUUACUUCUAGUUCUAGAAUCUGACCCCAAAGCAUAUACUUUGCCACUGAUUGGCAUUUGGCUGAGUGGAAUAUCUCACAUCUACAAUCCAUGGGUUUGGACUUACUGUCUACGCUACUUAUUUAGCUCAUCAAUUCAAGAGAGGGUACUUUCAGAAUCAGGCAGUUUUCUUAUAGUCCUUUAUUCUCUGAAGCAUAAAGAUCCAGAGUUUUAUGAAUGCCUCCCCUGUGGUGGACAUAUUGAACUAGGUUUCCAGCUACUUACAAGCAAAGAAACAUUACAUGUGUUCAAAAAUGUGGAGCCUGCAGAUAAAUACCCUAUUCAAUUUGAGCUGAAUUCGGAAAGUAAAAAUUCAGAAAUGGAGUUCUUCAGCAAAAUUUCUAAAAAGGUUUCCUUUAGCAGCCCAUCUCAGGGUUCUUCUCCCAGUAAAUUGUCUGUCAGUGAUCAUGACUCUGGUGUGGAAGAGGAUGCAUCCCCACGACCAUUUCCACGUCCUCACCCAGUGAGUCAACAGAUGACUGGGAUCCAGCCUUCAGUUCCUGAAUUGUCAAUUGUAUUUGAUGGUGUAUCUGCAGAAUCUCUACCAACAUCCAAAAAAGUUAUGGUCAUGAAUACAAAAAAACGGCCUUCAUUUGGACAUCAGCCUGCUAAUAUUACAGGCCCCAUAGGGCAUCCACCCUGCCAACUUCAGGGUUCUGAAAGUGGAAGGCAAAUUUUUGGUUCAUGUGCCAGAGAACCUUCUCCAAGGCAAUUACCAAGCCAAUUAAAGCAGAGAAUUCCAGUUUUAAAAACUUGCAAAGGAAUGCAAUCUCCCCUGCAACAACAGCCUGGUGGAGUUGGGUCUCAAGGAAAAAAGAGCUUUGGAUCUACUUCCUCCUCUCCUUCAACACCUCUUAGUGGACCCUCACCCAACACUUCAUCGUAUCAACUUGGAACACCUUGCGAAAGACACUUGGCAAGUGAUGAUGCCAUACAAGGAAAAGGAAAGUUUCCUACAGGUGCACCCUCAGCAUCUAAUACUAAGCCGGCUCCUGCAGUUUCCCAGCAUCUCUGGCAUAGCUAUGUAUUGUCACCUCCACACAAAAGACCAGUGGACCUUCGGAUACCGGUUCAAGGUCAACCUUGCUGUCCUCCCUGUGUCUGCAACUGUCAGCUACAUGGUCAUAUGCAGUACAGUCCAACAAAUUUUUGGCAAGGGAUGUGUAAAAUGGGUGCUUGUCACACACCUGAAAUCCAGUCAAGCAGUAUCCAGGAGAGUACACAAUUAAUGUUUCAUCAAAACACAGAAUGUAUAAAUGCUGGCUGCAAUCCAGUAUGUGCCACAAGUAGCCCUAUAAACCUAGGCAAUCAAGGAAUAAUGGGAAAUUCUCCCCCAAGUGAUAAGUCGUCUCCCGUUAGUGAUAACAUGCCAGCUACAGUAAGGAAUUCUUCCCCUGCUGACCCUAGCAGUGCACAACCUAAUUCAGUAUAUUCAACUUGUAUACACACUUCUGCACCAAAAAUAGGAUCAGAUAAUGGAAUUAUGGAAUUAUCUUCUGAUGUUUACAGAAUUCUUAAUGAACAAGACCGGCAGAUCAAGCUGCUACAAGCUCAGAUCCAGCGGCUUUUAGAGGCGCAAAAUCUUCAGCCCUGUUCCACUAAGACUAUAUCAAACAGUAGUAUACAGUCUGAGAAGCAAGUGGAAUUUGUUGCCAUGGAAACCCAAUCUUCCCCUGGGUUACACAUGAAGAAAAGUGUCAGCAUUGCAGUGAGCACAGGUGCUAGCUUGUUUUGGAAUACCCCUUUGGAAAAGAGCAAAAAUUCUGUGAAACAAGAUGAUGUUGAAAUUUCCAGUGAAGAAAUUUCUGAUAUUUCUAUGAACACCGGAAAGAACAGGAGUCAAACAAGCAUUGCCUCUUCAUUAAAAGCUGUUGAUAUCCCCAGCUUUGUAGAAAGUCUUCAUGUUGUUGAAGAAGGACCUGGUCAACCCUCUGCUGAAUUCUGCAACGAGCCAACUGUCUCAGAGAUGGCCCAGACCUCAACGCUAAGUGAAAGUGUUAGCAUGUGCUUACAGACCAGGCCAUCUGAGGGAAUUGGCAAUCAUUUGUUAGCAAUUAACGAACAAAAUGUUGAGCAUGCCAUUACUUCCCUGCCAAAUGUGCCACCAGAUGAUCAGAAAUUUUACAAGGAUAUAUUGGGUCAAGUAAACCACUUCUUGAAGGAAUCUCCUGAAGUAAGCAGUUCCUCAGUAAAAGAGGACCUGCACAGCAAUGAAUGUACCACAUCCUCAAAAACAAGCAAGACAAAAAGAGGCUCAGCACCUGAUCCAGUCCUAAGAGAUAAAGAUAGUGUUCUGAAUGCAACCUUGAAGCAGUUAAGAAACCUUGGAGUGAAUUUUGACUCCUCUGACAAACUGAACAGUGCAUUCAAAGUAGAAAAUGCGAGUAUAAUGGCUUGCAUUAAUCCUGAAGCAGUUGUCCCAGGGCUAAACUACAUUUCUUUUGCUAAUGUUGGAAUGAGUGGAUUAACUCCCAAUGGAGUAGAUCUGAGUAUGGAGGCAAAUGCUAUCGCCCUGAAGUAUCUAAGUGAAAGUCAACUGUCACAGCUUUCUCUGAGUCAUUCAAGCCAAAAGAAUUCCAUGGCUUCAUCUGUACAGACUCUCCUGCAAACCAAUACAGACAAGACUUUGGUAGGCUUUGGCUUAAUUUCCCCAAGCAAUAUGUCUUUUGCAACCAAGAAGUACAUGAGGAGGUAUGGGCUCUUACAAAACAGUGAUGGUAGUGAUGAAGAGGAGCAGCAGACUGAUGACUACAAGAGAGGGGAGAAUUUAGAACCUGUUCUACAGCUGGAUUUAAGCCAUGUUUUAGAGGGCUUUGCCUGCUGGAAUGACCCUUCUGAAAGAGCUGGUGAAAGACAAUUUCCAUUUAAUCCAGUACAAUGUGAAACUGAACUACCUAAUGGUAAUUCUUCAAAUUUAGAAGGCCCUGUAUUAAGAAAUGUUACAAAUACAGUCCUUCCACUGAGAAUCCUGCAGCAGUCAAGUGAAAAUUCACAUCCAUUUUUAAAACCAAAAAUGAGACUUCUACCUGGAAAAGUUGAGUUCACACACCAUCCUGACAAAGAGAAUCUGGAUGUUCAGAUUACGCCUGAAACGCUGCAAGCUCCCAUGGUUGACCAUUUAAACCAAGGAGACAACAUGAAUUCAGUGGGUACCUUUCUUGAUGUACAGCAGCUCAGACAGUUACCAAAGUUACUCUAAACUGCAUGUGUUUGGCAGCCAGCUUUUUGCAGGACUUCUCAGUGCCAGCUGAACCAGUUCUUGCACGGGUUCAAUAGAAUCAAAAGAAGCCACUGUCUUUAAAAGCUGUUUUGGCAAUCAAUGGGUGAGGGGUUCAAUUUCAUCUUUGCCAAUCCAGUUGCCUAGUCUGAAGGCUUGGCUGUUGUAUAUGAGUAUUUGCACCUUUGUGACACAAUUUAAGUGUCUUUAAUUCCAAAAGCUCAGUGAACAUAAUUUAGGCAUAAUGUACACUGCGUAUGUUUUUUUAACAGUUAACUCUUGAAUUUAAUAAAGUGAAUAUGGAGGGUGGGGUCGGGCUAAAUUUCAUCAGUGCUAAAGCAGAUGGUAACUUAAGAUGAGGCUAGUUUUGUUACUCAGCCUAUAGGAUUAUCCUUUUUUUUAGUCUUAUCU